CCAGGAGGUGGGCGGUACCUGCGCCAGUGACGGAGGGAGGCGUGGCUAGCGCCGGAAGUUGCGGCAGAGGGGAAAAAAUCAUGGCGCUGAACGCGGCAGGCCACGACGACGCGGAGUGGGAGCCGCCCUCCGAGGCGGAGCUGAAGGUGAUCCAGGCGCGGCGCGAGCGGCAAGACAAGAUCAGCAAGCUGAUGAGCGAGUACCUGCUGAAGGGCUACCGCAUGCUGGGCGACUGUUGCGAGGAGUGCGGGACCAUUUUGCUGCAAGAUAAGCAGAAGAAGCUGUACUGUGUCGCCUGCCAAGAGCUUAAUUCUGAUGUUGACAAGGACAAUCCAGCACUCAAUGCCCAGGCAGCUCUUUCCCAGGUGCGGGAACGACAGCUGGCUGCUAACUCCAAUGAAGUUCCUUCACCUGAGUACCUGUCCUCUCUGCCAACGGCCCGCCACGUGCCACGCCCAGAGCACUGCGAAGGGGCAGCCUCAGGACUCAGAGCAUCUGCCCCUGCCCCAGCCCUUCCAGCAUCCAUUGUCGUGCCUGCUGCUCCGUUGACUGUCAGCCCCCUGGCUGCAGCGGAGGAGGCCAUUCUGGAGAAGAUCAGCUGGGCGAGCCAACAGCUCCAGGAAAGUACCUCCAUUGAAAUGAGCAUCCAGCUUUGCUCGCUCAUCCGUUCCUGCACAGAAUCUCUCAAGGGCAUCAAGCAGCUGCAGCAAUGAAUAUGCCCCGGCUUGAAGGGGCAGUGCCAGGCCAUGGAAUGGAGUAUAGGCCAUGCCUGGGGCACCAGAGGAUCUUCCCCAUUCACCUUAGAGUUUGAGUGGUUUAAACAAGACUGGGCUCUCCCUUCUGAUUAAAAUGUGAGCUUUUUUGCCUCA